AUGUCUUCAAUAAUUCAUGCUGUUGGUCAUGCUCUUACUGGACAUGGUGAUAAUUCCGAUAAGAAAUCAAAUGUUCAUACAGUUGUAUGUGAUGAUGUAAAAGUAAAAUCGAUUGUAAAUAGUCAAACACAAUCGAACAUCUCAAACGGACAUUCACAAAAUAAAAUUAAUGAAUUAAUGGCUAAAUUAGGUUCAACACAUACACAAAUUGAUGAGUAUUCUCAACGUCGUAAUGAUGAAAUAUCUGAAGCUGUUAAAACUAGUAUUGAUAAAAUUGUUCAGGAAACAUUAAUUCAACAACAACAAUUACUUAACGAUGCUCAAAAACAAUCAACUGAAAUUGAAAAUAAUUAUAAAGAAAAAUUAAUGUUAUUUAUAUCUCAACUUGAUGAAGAUAAAGCAGCAGUAUUAGCACAACUUGAAAAAGAUUUAAAUCUUCGGCAAGAACAAAUUCUUGAUACAGCUAGAAAACGUAUCGAUGGAUUAAAUGAAGAAGCGAAUCGAUUAAAAAUAAAUGUACUUAAAGAGGCUCAAGCUAGAGAAAAUUCUAAAAUUGAAGCAAUUACAGACAAAGUUGCUCAACUUGGUGCUGAAGAUGCAAGUCGUCGUUUAAAAACAACAACAACAACGGUUAUUACAACAAAAGCACAUGCAGAAAGUCAUACAACACAUGAUGCGAAAUCAUCUUCGAAACAUCAUUGA